UGACAGAGAGGUGAUGCACCACCCCCACUUCCUCCACACGGGGAGACACCAGGGCCGGACUGGACGCGAACCUUGUUCAGCAUCCCACCUCCAGCCACCAAGGACCUCAGGCCCUCACUCUGUCCAGUAUCCAUGCCUCUCAGGGUCUCAGGCUCUGUGUGAGAGGCUCUUGUCUCUGUCCCUCAACCUCUGGGUCUCUCACCGCCUCCUUCUCCCUCACUUUCUCUCUGUCUUUGCCAGAACCCAGCCCCCAGCACCCAGAAUGUUCCUCCUGCUGGCUGCACUUCAGAUCUUGGCUGUAGCCAUGGCACAGGGCCAAGGGGAUAACAAGAUAAUUGGUGGCUACCCAUGCAUCCCGCACUCCCAGCCGUGGCAAGCAGCCCUGCUGGUGGGUGUCACCUGUCGCUUCCUCUGCGGAGGGGCCCUGCUGUCAGACCGGUGGGUCAUCACCGCUGCUCACUGCUCCCGCCGGAACCUGCGGGUUGCCCUGGGCAAGCAAAACCUGAAGAAUAAGAACGAGGCCACACAGCAGGUGCUGCGUGUGGUGCGCCAGGUGCCACAUCCCCAGUACAACCAUCGGACCAACGACAACGAUCUGAUGCUUCUGCACCUGAGUCGGCCUGCACAGCUGGGGCAGGCAGUGAGGCCCAUCACUCUGGCCCAGAGCUGUGCCCGCCCUGGCACCUCCUGCCUUGUGUCCGGCUGGGGCACCACAUCCAGUCCCAUCGCCAGCUACCCCAACAAUCUGCAGUGUGUGAACAUCGAGAUCGCCUCCAACCAGCAGUGUAAGAACGCCUACCCCGGAGCCAUCACUGCCGGUAUGGUCUGUGCCGGGGUCCCCAAUGGUGGAAAGGACUCUUGUCAGGGAGAUUCUGGGGGACCCCUGGUGUGCCAAGGGCAGCUCCAGGGCCUUGUGUCCUGGGGGAUGGAGCGCUGCGCCCUGCCUGGCUACCCCGGAGUCUACACCAACCUCUGCAAGUACUACAGCUGGAUCCAGCAAACCAUGAGGGGUGGCUGACUGCCGGAUUGACAGGACAUCGCUGCCCACUUGCUGCCCAGGCCUGCAAGCUCCACCUGAGACCCAGGGGCCCUGGCCCCUAUCCCUCGCUCCCUCAGACCCUGGAUACCAAGCCCCCAACAUCCUGGCCCCGACCCCUGGCCCAGAGCUCCCCCCACUCCCAAAGCGGCCCCUUGGAUGUUGUCUCCCCACCCCCCACAGCACAGCGGGCAGGAGCCCGAAGGCACCAAACCAGCAACAAUUCCAAAGAAGAUUUAGUGUCUCUAAAACCCGGAAACGUGAUAAUAAAAACGGAA